AUAGGCAAAUCAUUUAAAUACGGGUGGAGGAAGAUAAGUAUCGGGCGUCGCGUGUCGAUCGAUUAUCGAAGGCCGCCGUCGCCGCCGACCGUCGUCUUCUAAAACUCGAUUAGAGUAUAAUCGAUAGUCUGCGACGCGUGCGCAGUGGUUAUCCGCAACCGGCGACAAAUCGUCGACUCGCUCUAACGAUGAACAAUCGAUUAGCGAGUAGCAGAAACGGAAAAUAGAAAAUGGAGAUGGGCGAUAAUCCCGAAGUGAUCGUCGACAAUUUUAUUAAAUUAAUCAAACGAGAGAAGAAAGCGUCGGUGUGGAAACAUUUCGUCUUUAUCGAAGCCGGAGGUAACUUCGUCAAGUGCAUUCACUGCGAAACUAAUUUAAAAUUUUGUAACAAUACGACUAAUCUGCGCAACCAUCUAAAAUGCAAACAUCGCGAAAUAUUCGACGAUAUGGUCUCUUCCGAUCGAAACUGCGGAUACGUUUCUCAAGUUUUCCCAUCAUCUAGUGGUGAAUCAAAUGAUCCUUCAGAGAAGAAUAUAAAUUUAUCAGUUUCAGAUAUAUCAUUGAAGUUCAAAACUCCUGAAAAAAUAAAUUCUCAGCAGCAAUACAUACAGUCAUCAGUAAGUGCAAGUAUAAAAUAUGAAAAAACACAUCCACAACAAAACAAGCUAGUUGACAGUUUGGUACAAUAUUUGUGCAAAGGUAUACAUCCAUUAAAAACUGUUGAAGAACCAGGAUUUAUCAAAUUUGUAACAUUGUUGGAUCCAAAAUUUAAUAUACCAACAAGUGAGGAACUCACGGCAAAUGUUAUACCUACAAUGUAUUAUAAUAUUAAAAGAAAAAUUUUUUUUGAAUUAAAGAAAGUAGAAAAUGUUUGUUUAACAAUAGAUCUGUGGAAAAAUGGAGACGAUCAAUAUCUUGGAGUAAUAUGUCAUUUCAUUAAUGAAGAUUGGAUAUUGAAAAACUAUUUACUAGAUAUGUUAGAAGUGCCGCCACCACAUAAUUCAGACUCCUUUCAAAUAGUUUUAAACAAUAUUCUAGUCGAUUGGGAACUUCAAGAAAAAGUUAAUGUUGUUGUGUCAGAAAAUAAUGAAAACUGUAACAAAGCUAUUACUGAAUUAGGUUUUCUUCACAUUCCUUGUUUUGGCCACAUUUUAAAUCAUGCAAUAGAGAGAGGACUCAAUGCAGGCAUAGACACUGUGUUAAAAAAGUGCACAAAACUGAUUGAAUUUUUCAGUCAGUCUUCAAAGGCUAAAAAUAUUUUAGAACAAAAACAAAAUCUUCUAAAUUUACCUGUGAAUAAAUUAUCCUUAAAAGCUGAAAUAAAUUUUAAUUCUAUUUAUUCCAUAAUUAAACAAAUAUUAGAACAACAACAAGCAAUCUGUGCCACACUUGUUGAGUUAAAUGAACAUUUGCUUUUAUCAAAAGAUGAAUUAAUUGUUCUAAAGCAUAUCAAAGAAUUGUUAGAACCUUUUAUUUCAAUAAUUGAAGAUGCAACUUUUCAAAAAUAUAUGAAUAUUUCCACUUUAAAGCCAACAAUCUAUCAACUUCGACAACAUUUGACGACAAAUGUCGAAAACGAACAUUGUACAAUAAAAAAAGUCAAAGCUGCUAUGCUUGAUUAUCUAAGUGAACAAUAUCAGGGUAAAUGUCAAAGUUUUUUAUUAAGAUCUUCAUUUUUGGAUCCAAGUUUAAAAAGUUUACCAUUUCUUGACAAUGAAAAAAUGAAACUAUUAUUUUCUGAAGUGAAAGAAGAAAUGGCAAAAAUACAAAUAGUAGAAGAGUCUUCUGAGUCAAGAAAUUCAAAUGAUAUAUUAUUUAAACCUCCAAAUAAAAAGCUAAAAGGAUCACUAAAAUUAUUAUGUUCACUUUAUGGAGAUUAUCAAGAGCAUCAGACAAGUAAAGACAAAAUUUCAAAUGAAUUGAAUCAGUAUAUAGCUUCAGCUAGUAUACCAUUAGGAACAGAUGCAUUGCAAUACUGGGAAAGAAAUGUGACUAUUUUUCCAACGUUGGCAGUAUUAGCCAAAAUAAGCCUGUGUGUUCCAGCAAUAAGUGUACCUUCUGAGAGAUUAUUUACUAAUGAAGGUUUUAUUAUAAACUGCAAAAGAUGCUUGCUGAAUCCAAAUAAUGUCAAUUUAUUAUCUUGCCUUAAUUAUAAUCUUAAUAAUAAUUAAGUGAAGAUAAAUAUUAUUUAUUU